GUGACGUCACUACGCCGGGUGACCUCACCCUCCAUCAUGGCGGCGGCGGUCGAUUAGGGCCGCGGGUGGAAGCAGCCGCCGCCGCUGGGGGAGCCGGUCGGGAGCAGCCGCCGCCGCCUGCUGCUGCUUCUGUGGAACAGGGGCCAGGGCCAGGAGCUGUGCCGGCCAGUUCAAUGGCGUCCGCUACUGCUGUGCCUGCCGGAUUCCACUAUGAAACCAAGUACGUGGUCCUCAGCUACUUGGGACUGCCUCAGGAAAAGCUGCGGGAGCAGCACCUUUCCUCCCCGCAAGGGGUGGCUUCACAAUCUCUGGAUCAACAAGUUUCAGUAAAACUUAAAUCUGAAAUUGAAGAAGAGCUGAAAUCCCUGAACAAAGAAAUUUCUGAAGCCUCCAGCAGCACUGGCUUUGACCGUCACACUUCUCCAGUGUUUAGCCCUGCUAACCCGGAAAGCUCCAUCGAAGACUGCCUGGCCCAUCUGGGAGACAGAGUGUCUCGGGAACUGAAGGCACCCCUGCAAACAGCCCUGCAGCUGCUCCUCAGCCAGCCAGUGACAUACCAGGCAUAUCGUGAGUGUGCACUGCAGACUGCCAGCCAUGCCAGCGGAUGGAGUAAGAUUUUGGUGCCUCUGGUUUUGCUGCAAGAACUGCUUCUGGAACUGACCAGACGAGGCCAGGAGCCCCUGAGUGAGCUGGUGCAGUUUGGCGUGACAUACCUGGAGGAGGAUGCCGCAGAGUACAUCAUUCAGCAAGGUGGCUGGAGCGCUGCCUUCAGUCUAGAGACGGAGGAGGAGGAGGAGGAGGACCCUGGAGCCAUCGCAGAGGACAGCAACGAUAUUUACAUCCUGCCCAGCGACAACUCUGCCCAAGUCAGUCCUCCGGAGUCCCCGACUGUGAGCACCUCCUGGCAGUCAGAGAGCUUACCUGCCUCCCUGUCGGCCAGCCAGAGUUGGCACACCGAAAGCCUACCCGUGUCCCUGGGUCCCGAGUCCUGGCAGCAGAUAGCCAUGGACCCCGAGGAAGUCAAAAGCUUAGACAGCAACGGGGCUGGCGACAAGGGCGAGAACAACUCCUCUAACUCGGACAUUGUGCAUGUGGAGAAAGAAGAACUAGCCGAGGGUGUGGAAGAGGGCGCUGUGGCCCCUGUGCCCGGGCAGCUGGCCUUCGCUCCCACCCCAGCCCCCUUGGCCCCGCACACCACUGCCACUUCCUCGCUGGAAACCAGGGCAGUCGGCCCGGAGGUGACUUCGGAGGAAACCAGCCCCGCCACGUCUCUGUUUGUAGAACUUAGCGAGGAAGAGUUGAGGGCAGCGGCCGUGCCACCUCCUGAUGGGGCGGAGGUGGUGACCCCUGCACUGGAACCCACAGCCACACUGCCGAAGGGGGACGAGUCCCACGUAAGCCAAGAGAGCCUUCCAGAAGAGCCCACCCCCCCUGCUGGAGGCGCCAAAGCCAGCCCACCGUGUGAGGGCAGAGUGAUGCUGCUGCUGGGCGGGGCAGCCGCUGCCGCCAUCCUGGCCGUGGCACUCGGGGUAGCCCUGGCACUGCGCAGGAAGUGAGCGGGCCUCCCGAGGGGGGCACGCAGCUCCUCGGCUGCGCUUGUGGGCGCUGGCUUUGGACUGCCAGCAGCGGACUGCACGUUUGCGUGGCACCUGGGGAAAAUUGGGGCUUCCUGCUCAGCAAGGCUGGUCACACCGCGGGGCUCGAGGUGGAGGAUAUUCACGGUCACGAUUGUAAGUCCCAGGGGCCUUGGCCUCUGCCGCACUCGGAAUCACCCAGGCACAGGGCUCCCUCCAGAGCAGGGGACCCUACCAGGCUGUCGGCGGCAGCUGGCGACUUCCCUCUCCGAGGGUGCCAUCCUGGGCAUCGAACGCUCUUUAGUAACGUCUUGGCCUCUGCCCACAAGACAGAGUAGUAUCCCACCUGCAUUGGUGAGCACUGAUGAGAGCAAAGAUGGUGCCCGCUGUGGACAGUCACUCCUGCUGAGAGCCAGUGCUGGGGGAGAGGGUGUUCGGGCUGGGCGUGUGGGCGAAGCCUCCGCCUCAGGAGUGUUAGCAGGCAGCGCCAGUGCCAGCAGCUCCUCUGCAAGGAGCUCCUCCUUCCCGGUGGCCAGGCUAUGCGUGCCACCCACUUGGUCGGAUUCUUGCCCUCUGCCCUCUUGCUGGCCCCUCUUGGGCAGUGGGCUUCCCCUGCCGUCUCUGCUCUCAGGUCGCUUCUCAGAGCCCACAGGAGAGGGCUCGCUCUGUGCUUCUGCCCAGGCCUGCCACUUUCCCAAGGCUUUCUCUGCCUGGCCCUUGCAAAGAUGCUACCUUUAGGAAUCUUUUAUCAAUUAAGUCAGUAUGGAGCAACCUGGGGCGCCGUGACCUGGGAGCAGUGCGGCUGGCGGGCCAGAGAGACAGGAUGACAGGAUGGCGACCUAGGUAACCUAUCAGUAGGCUCCAGCCCGUUGGUCGGUCCGUGUUGCCCCCCUCGCCUGUAGUGGCCGCCCAGCACCCCUCAGGGCUGACCUCAGGCCCAUUUCCGCUCUGCCACUUCUCGGUGGGUCUCUUGUCACCCAGGGCUUACAGAGCCAGUUGAAAUCAAAGUCUAACUAAAUAUAAUUAUCACUGAAAUAAAAUGACUAGAUAUAAGUUAAUUUCAAGUAUCAGACAAAUGAGGCUUGAAUUUCAAGAUGGAGACCACCUCGAGAUGCACACUGGCUCUCAGAGGAGUCCAGAACAAGGCCUUUUGUGCCCAGCCUCAGCCCAGCGCUGCCCAGGGGAGCACAGCGCAGCCCCAGGGGAGCCCAGCACUGUACAGGGGAGCCCGGUGCUGUACAGGGGAGCAUGGCGCUGCCCCAGGGGAGCCCAGCCCCAGGGGAGCCUGGCAUAGCCCAGGGGAGCCCAGCACUGCCCUGGUCUGGCCUAGGAGAGGCAGGGUGUUUCCUCUCGUCUGGCCUGUCCCAUGCCUAAAGGCAGAGAGGAGCAGUGUGCCCUGGUGAGGCUGAGGGCCGCAGUGUCUGUGCAGGGCACAAGUGGUUUUUAUAAACCAGGCCAUUUCCGAUUCAGUUAGUAAAUGUAACACAUGACUUUUUUAGAUCCUGAAAUUUAUACUGAAAUUACUUGACCUAUCCUUCCCACCAAAACCCGAUGCUUUCAAUGUGCUUUCUUUUUGAAAAAAUAAAACCUGCUCCCUGAAGUGUA